UCUGGGGGCAGUGCUAACUUCAAAUCGGCCCCGUUUUAACACACGCCUCGUUUCAGCUCUGCCAGUCUGCUGUAGAGCUACUACUGAGAGGAUGAACACACAUGACGACGGCACGUUGGAUAAAACAAACCAAAAACAAAGUGACUGCGGGAAGUUUGAGGAAGUAUGAUGUGUCUGAGUAGAUAUGAUGGAUGCAAUAGACUCCAUUGAUCCGUACAGCCGUCCGGCGCGCAGGACACAAUGGAUAGUCAGCACUCUGGCGUACCACUACGGACUGGACCGGGGAGUGGAGAACGAAAUUAUAGUUUUGGCUACCGGGUUGGAUCAAUACCUACAGGAGAUUUUCCAUCACAUGGACUAUGAAGGUGGAGGCAAAAUCCCAUUGGAGGAUUUUAACAUCUUGUGUGAAGUUCUGGGACUGAACAAAGACUCGGAGGACACAGAAUGCACCGGCAUUUUGGACAAUUUACCGAGCGAGCUCACAUUCAGACACUUCCACGCCAAACUGUGCGGAUUCUUCAGCACCAAGGCGGGGUGUCAGUAUGAGAACGGUCGGCUGCUGGUCGGGAAGGACAGCGAGCAUAUCGAGACUCAGAUCCGCCUCAGGAGCCCUCUGAGGCGGCGAGAGAAGCUGCUGUGUGUGGGUGUGAGCGGGGACUCCGACCCCUCCUCGGAGGGACGGCACGCCUCCGGCUGCAGGCUCGGGUCCUGCACCAAGGAGUGCUAUGAGGAGAUAGUGGCGCUGGAGGAGGCAGAGGACCGAAUAGCGAAGCUGGAAGAUGAGAAUGCGAGUCUGAGGGAGCUGAUUGAGGACAUGCGAGCCGCACUCCAGAGCAGUGAUGCCCGGUGUUUGGCUCUGCAGGUAGGACUAUGGAAAAGUCACUCCAAACAUAAACCAGAGGAAGGCUGUUUUGCUGCCCGGCGUAAACAAGAGGCCCAGAAAAGUUUGAGCAUCACCAACUCAAAAAGCAGCACCUAUAGCAACCUGAAGAGCCUGCAGAACAUCAUCCACGAGAUAGAGCUGCUGCGGAGCUCCAGCGACCGACAGGUGGAGGAGGCCAUGCUGUGUAAUGAGAGACUGGAGCAGGAGCUAUGGAGCUCCAAGGAGACUGUGGCUGCUCUAGAGGACUGCAACCGAGCCCUGAAGAGGGAGCAGGCGGGCAUGAGGAGGAAGGUGGAGGAGGCCAGGCAGGCGCUGCUCAGCGGCCUGGGGAAGGUGAAGGAACUGGAAGCCAAGGCCAGUCAUGUGUCGGCACUGCAGAGGCACAUCCUCCAGCUGGAAUCAGAGCUCCUCUACUACAGGUCGGAGGUGUCAAAACUACAACUCCCAAGCAACACUAGGGCAGAGCAGCAGCUAGGUGUUGGCAGCAGGCCGCCGCAGAGAUGUUGCUCGGACUCCCAACAUGACCGAUGUUCUCCGACAGGGCGCGCUGUGACGACCCCCGAUAAAAUGGAGGAGCAGCUGUUUCGUUCAGUGGAGGGCCAGGCGGCGUCCGACGAGGAAGAGGAUAAGUGGACCGAAGAUCAGCAAAAGCAGGUGGACGAGGUGAAGAGGAUCUUGACAAGACUGUCCUGCUGUGGGGAAAGGUGCGACGACAAGGCGUUCAAGAAGCUGAUGUCUAAUUAUGGGAGCUCGAGGAGCGAGGAGAGCUGCGGCGCUGUAAUGGAGCUCCUGGAGAGGGUGACCAGGUUGCAUAAGCAGCUGGAGCUGAAGGAAAGCCAGGCAGGAAUAGACAUGGACCAGAUAAAGGACUCUCUGGUGCAGGAGCUGCAGCAGAAGGCAGAGGAGACUGAGCUGCUUCAGAUGGAGCUGCAGAUGCUGGAGACAGAGAGGGUUCGUCUGUCGCUGGUGGAGGAGAAACUUGUGGACAUCCUGCAGCUGCUCCAGCAGCUUAGAGACCUGAACGUAUCGCGGAGGUCUCUUGGGAAAAUCUUGCUCAGCACUUUGGGGUCCUGCAGCGACCCGCAACACGGGAAAGCCCACAUUCUGGAGGUGCUCAACGCUCUCUAUCAUGAACUGGCUGCCUGUGAGAUCCUGUCUACCCAUGGACCUUUGGAGCGGACACAGAGUCAGCUGUCUCUCAUCAUCUCCUGCUAAUCAACAGUGCCUCCUGCUGGACCGAUGAUGCUCCAACAGCCUUUUGAGAACACUUAGUCAAAAACAAGCUGAUGGACGUGUAUAGUGUAAUUAUAUUGUAGUUUAUAUACUCCUCGGACCCUAUUAUCUAUAAAGGGAUAGUAAUCUGGAAUGUUAGAAUUACUAUAGCAAAGGUGUUCAUUACAUAUUAAGGGAAUUCGUGCAUAUACAUGUUUUUUUUCAAGAUCUUGUAUUGCACAUAACUCUUCUGUGAUCCAAUAUGGACUUUUUGUUUCUUGCCACCACAGAGUUCUGAAUGUGAAAAUGUUGAAAUAAGCUAAACCUUAAAUGGGCAUAAAGUAGUCUGGGAAAUGUAUAGACUGCAACCGGUCAACAAUGUCCCUGAUAGAAUUCAUAGGAUUGAAAGUAAACUGCUGCAGUAGUCUUGCAUUGCCAGCUAGUCCACAAAGCAUUCUGGGAUGGGGGGAAAACGGGCUCUGGUUCAUUGGCAUUUCUUUAAAACAAUCACAAUCUGCUAAGCGCCGGACGAAGCAACGGUGCCGCUGCAAAAUAGCCUCGGGAAGGAGAUUUUAGUUGUACACUAGAAAACUCAGACUGGACAGAUUGGUCUUGCUAGCUGUCUGGAUUUACCCUGCAGAGAUCUGAGAAGCAGGUAACCAUAGUCCUCAGAAACCCACCUGAGUUUAAAAUGCUAACACAAAGAAAGAGAAAGGUGAUGGACAUCUGGCUGAAAGGAGGCACAUCAGACGGAUUUUUCGGCGGCACCACAACAAUCAAAAUGGUCGAUAUAGACUACUGCUGCAGUGUCUCAAAUUGCAAACUUGUGUACUUACACCUGCUAUCCAGGGUUCAGGUACUCAUCCGUCAGCGGCAUAUGCAUCAUAUGAACUGGACCAAUGAAAAAGCACAGCUAAAUGUAAAUGCUGUAAGCUUUUUCCAAUGCUUUUGACCAUAUCACACAGUCUUUAUCUGCACGCGGAUGGAGUUUUUCAUAAAUGUUGUUAUGUUAUGGUAUAUACAGUAUAUUUGCUAAUAACCUGCUACACCUUUUGUCACAGAGGAGUGAGUGAGCACGGCUUACCUGCCACUCCCAGCCCCGCCCAUGUUGAUUAUUUUUUCUUUAAUUUCAAGGGUAGGUAGAGGCACUUCUUCUAAGAGCCUGAAACGUGAAACCUCUUAUCUUUCAAUGGAUGAGUUGAAGUGUCAUUUUUGUCUGGAAAUUAGAGCCUCAGAUGCAAAACCACUCACAGUUGUUAUUGAAUCAUGCCAUUAAAGCCUUUUAUGUACGCAGUC